AUGGAUCCCUCUAUACCUCUCGUGGUUGACAAUGGGACCGGUUUCGUCAAAGUAGGAUACGCCGGUUCCAAUUUCCCCGAACAUGUAUUCCCCUCCAUUAUUGGUCGUCCAAUUCUUCGUGCAGAGGAGCGUGUCGGCGAUGCCAUCAUCAAGGACAUCAUGAUAGGAGACGAGGCUGCCUCCCUGCGCAACUACCUGCAGGUUACGCAGCCCAUGGAACAUGGCAUUGUCCGCAACUGGGAGGACAUGAAGCAUCUAUGGGACUAUACAUUCAACGAGAAGCUCAGGGUGGAUCCUCAGGGACGGAAGGUCUUGUUGACGGAGCCGCCCAUGAAUCCGAAGGUGAACAGGCAGAGAAUGUGUCAGGUUAUGUUCGAGGAGUAUGGAUUUCAGGGGGUGUAUGUCGCUAUCCAGGCGGUGUUGACGCUUUACGCGCAAGGUCUAACCACCGGCGUUGUCGUGGACUCUGGAGACGGUGUUACCCACAUCGUGCCGGUGUACGAUGGUUUCUCUCUUCCGCAUCUGACAAGUCGACUUGAUAUUGCUGGCCGGGAUGUCACACGAUACUUGAUCAAGCUGCUCCUCAUGCGAGGGUACGCUUUCAAUCGAACAGCUGACUUUGAGACUGUGCGGGAGAUCAAGGAGAAGCUGUGCUAUGUGAGUUACGACCUUGACAUGGACACAAAACUCUCAGAAGAGACAACCACGCUCGUUGAGAGCUACACCCUCCCCGACGGCCGUACGAUCAAAGUUGGCUCUGAACGUUUCGAAGCCCCCGAAUGCAUGUUCCAACCUCAUCUCGUGGACAUCGAACAGCCCGGCAUGGCGGAGAUGUUGUUCAACACCAUCCAGAAUGCUGCAGUUGACGUUCGUUCGGAGCUCUACAAGCACGUUGUUCUUUCCGGUGGUUCUAGCAUGUACCCUGGACUCCCGAGCAGGCUGGAGAAGGAGAUGAAGCAGCUGUACUUGACGAGGGUGUUGAACGGUGACCCAACGCGGUUGAACAAAUUCAAGAUCCGCAUCGAAGACCCUCCUCGCCGUAAACACAUGGUCUUCCUUGGUGGUGCAGUCUUGGCCGAUAUCAUGAAGGGCAGGGAAGAUUUCUGGAUAUCUAGGGAGGAAUGGUAUGAGCAGGGUGUCCGGUCGCUGGAUAAGCUUGGACGGGGAGACAACUAA